AUGACUCAAAAUUUUGUAAUUUUAAUCUCUAAUGAUAAAUAAGUUGAAAUUGACUAAACAUUUAUUAAUUGUCAAUCUCAAACAAUAGCCAUUUUUGAUUUUGGUUUUUCACAAACAGCUAAUAAAUUAGAUUUCAACUAUCCUGAUGGAAUUACUUAGAAUACUUGUAAUUAAAACAAAGUAACUGAAAUUAAAAUUGUUAACAAUACCAUAUAUACAUUAUCAAUAAGUUAAACAGGUGGACAAUUAAUAUCUUUAGAUUCUUUUGGAAUUGUUCAAUAGGCUUAUGCGAUAGAUAUUCCUAACAUUGAAAAAGUUAAAUUUGAGAUUAAUAAAGAAACUAUAAUUUUUAUUUACAAGACAUAUGAUGCAUAAAAUUGGAGUUUAAGAAUUUGCAAUAAGAUAUUGAUAAUCAUUUUUAUUAAAAUUGAUUUUAUUCCUGGAAAUUCAGAUGUUUAAUUGGCUAUUGUGGCUAACAACCUAUUCAUAUAAUGGACUUAAAAUGAUAACCUUAAAAGUUCCUCAUUUUAGUUCAUAGAUUUAUAAGGAAAUGAGCUUUCAACAGGAGUUAUAUCAAGUGAUGCUUAGAUUAGCAGCACCCAAAUAGUUGUUUUGAUGAAAGGAUAUGUUGGAUUUACUUGGACCGUUCAAAACGAAAAUGGUCAAUGGGAAAUUUCCUAUGCUGUCAUGAAUUAAAGUGGAUAAUUUGUUGAUUAAAUGGAGAUCUAAUGUUCUGAAAAUUGUAAAGAAUGCCUUACUGAGAGAUACUGUACAUAAUGUUAACCAAGAUAUAUUAUAUAAGAAAUUAGUUAAAAUGAAAACUAUUGUUUGAAAUAAUGUGAUCCUAAUUGCAAAUCAUGUGAUGAUAACAAAAAUUGUUAGCUUUGCAAAGACACUUAUUAUUUAGAAAAUGAUUCUUGUAUUUUAGAUGAAGUAUAAGUUAAGGCAAUUAGGAUUAAUUAAGAAGUGUCAUUAGGUUUGAAAAAUUAAGAGGGGGUUAAAUUUAGUGAUGGUUCUAUCAUAAUGUUUUGGUCAAGUUAUUUAUAAGAUAGUAAUGGCUGGGGAGUAUUUGGUCAAUUAAUUGAUAAAACUGGUGUUAAAAUUGGAAAUAAUAUAUAAAUUAAUGCUAAAUCUCAAGGUUAAUGUCAUUCUCCAAAAGUAGCACUAUUAUAGGACGAUACAGUUGUAAUAAUAUAUGUUGAUGGAGAUCCUUAGAUAAGUGAAGCAAUAAUAAUGGCUUAAAAAUUUGAUAAGUAAUUGCAAAGAAUUGGAGACGAAUUUUAAGUUGGUACAUUUUAAUAUUUUUCGUUCAAUUUAAGAGGUGAUACAUAAUGGUCAAUAGUAAGUUUAAAAAAUGGAGGUUUUGUUAUUGAAUAUUUAUCACAGAAUACCUAUUAUCAUUAUACUGUUUGCCUAAAUUUCUAUGAUUCACUAAGCAACUUGGUAGCUAAAUAGUAAAUUGUAGGAUAAUCAGAAAUAUUGCUCUAUUCUCCAUUAUUAGCUGCUACUGAUACAACUGUUGCUUAUUUAUGUAAUUAAUUAUUUAUGGGAUUUACAGUUUAUUUGUAUUCAUUAGAUGGAAGUUUACUAUAACAAAAAUAAUUGAAUAUAUUUAACUAGUUUCGUCUUGCAAGGGUAUUUUUCGAGCAUACCAAUGAUUUUUAUGCAGUAGGGUAUAUAAAGUAGUAAGAAAAAUAUUGUGUUUAAGUAUAAUUCUUCAAUAAAUAAUUUGUUGAAUUUGGAGAUCCAAUAACUAUUAAAUAAUUAGAUUCUUAUUCAGAGAUUUAAAUGUAUUUAUGUGAUGAAGGAUUAUUAUUUUUAUUACAUUUGAGAGUAAAACAGUAAGAUGUUUAAGAGCUUUAUUUAUUAAAGGACAAAUAAUAUUCCCUAAUAAAUACAUUCCACAUAGAUGCUUCCUAUUUUCCAACAAUAAAUGAAUACAAGAAUUUUAAGAUUAUUCCAAGCUUGAAUUAAUAAUACUUUAUUCUAUGGGUAAAGGAAAAUAGAUUUAGUGUUUAAGAUAAAUAUCACCUUUAUUUAUAGUUUUUAUCUUAUGAUUAAUAAAUAAUUGUAAAAGAUUAGAUUAUUUGUUAAUUGAAUUGUUAAACAUGUUAAGAUCCUACUAUUUGUGAUUAAUGUCUUGAAAAUUAUUACUAAAACGAGAAUCGAUGUGACGCUGUUUGUGAAAUAGGAUGUGCUUACUGUAAUUUUCCACAUUAUUGUACUUUAUGUUAAGAAGGCUAUUAUUUAAAUGAAGAAGGAAAAUGCUCUAAACUUCCUAUUUAUUAACCUUAAGUUUUAAUAGAAUACGAAGGAGGUGAAGUUUUUGCAAAAGUUCAAACGUUAAAUGAAGGAUUAAAAGCUUAUUUUUCUUGCUUCCUUUCAUAUGUAAAUGUGAAAAUAAUGGAUGGAUAAUAAAUAGUAAAUAGUUUUUCUAUUAAUGUCUAAAAUCCAGCUUAUUAUACUUAGAGAACAAUGUUCUAUGAAGAUGAAAAUAUCAUUUUUGUUUUCUAUUUGUAAAAUGGAGAAAUAUAAGUACAAAGAUUUGAUGUAAAUUCUAAUCUAUUAAGUUAAGUAAUUUUAGACAUUUCAUAAUUUUCUGGAAUUUAGAUUUCAAAUUAUGCCAUAUUUUUAGAACCAAUUUAGGGUUUCUAAUAUAUUCUUACAUUUUAUGAAUAAAAAGUUAUUGAAAAUUCAAUUUACAAUUUUAACUAUAUUAAUUUUUAUUAUGCUAAAUUAGAUUUAGGAUUAUAAAAAGUAGAAGAUAUUUAGAAAAUUUUUACAUUAGAAUAAUAAAUUGGGAUUGGUCUUAUUAGAGGAUUUGAUUAUAUUACAUUAUUUGAUUAAUAUGGCCAGAGGUACAAAAUACAAAAAGAUAAAAUUGAAGAAAAGUUCUGUGAUAACGCUCGAUUGUAUGAUGGAGGCUCAUGUAGUUUACCCUCAACAGAAACCUGGAAUGUAAUCAAAUUAUUUGAAGCAUUUGGAUUUAAUUAAUUAAUUGAUGGUGAUAAUAAUAUACAAAUUUAGUAUAAAAUUGAGGAUGCCUCAGGAUAAACUCAAUUCAAAAAUACAAAUGUUUUGAAUAAAAGUAUGAAUAGAUAAAAUAUUGUUAAAGUAUUUAAAUAUAUCAACUCAUUUGUUGUCUUUAUUUAAGUAGAGAAUUUAGAUUAAUAAUAUGAAUAAAGAUAUUUGAUAGCUUAAUUUAUAUAUAAUACUGGUAGGAAAAUAGGAGAUUAGAUAUAUAUUUGUUCUAUGCCCCAAAAUGUCUUGGAAGUUAUUUAAUAUCAGAAUGGAUUCAAAAUAUUAAUGUAAAAAGAUGAAUGUAAUGAUGUAACAUGCUCUUGUCGUUUAUUGUAGACGAUAUUUGAUAGAGAAAAUGACCUGCCAGAUCCUGAUCAGCCUUAAUAAAUAACGAAAGACCCUAUUAAAGAUGGAAAAGGUAUUGAAAUUGUAGAUAAAUGUAUUUAAGAGCCAAUUAAGGAUCUUAUGAAAUACUCUAACAAUGAUUAUGCAAUUCUAUAUAUUUGUUAGAAUGUUUUGAGAAUCAGAAAAUUCAAUUCUUCUGGGGAAGAAAUAAAAUUUGUUGAAAUUACUAUUGAAAAUAUUCAUCUUUUUGAUGCAACUAUAGUAAAUGAUCUAAUCUACAUGAUUAUAGUUUAUGAUUCAGAUAAAAAAAUUAGUAAGGUUUAUAAAUUAGAUGAAAUUACAAAUUAAUUGAUACCAUAAUUGGAUCAGAGUUGUGAGUUAGAUACUUAGGAUAUUAAAAAUUGA